GAUUGUACAUGCUUCUUUUGUACAGAAACGUCCCUAUGCCUCCUCUAUUUUGAUUUAAUUGGUGAUUCCCAUCUGUUUCAAUCUAAAAGUGAUUUUUAAUUCGACAUAUAUCGUUCUAUGAAGUCACGUAAUCGGUCACUGAAUAAACAACCAGCCUACACACAUUCCGGAGCUUCUAGUAUAAGAAGUCACUUCGCUGAAUGCAUGCUUGGUCACAUUCGACAAGUUUUAUAUCCCUUAGUCAAUAACUUUCUGAAUUCUGAUAACAAUCAUGAAAAUUUUGGAGGCGGAAACGAGAUCGACAGUAAUAAUAAUAAUAAUAAUAGUAAUAGUAAUACCAGACAUGGGAUAUGGAGUUUUCAAAUUGGCAAUGGAAGAUGAAGCAACAAGCAAUUAGUUAGUGGAGAGAAAUCCUCGCAGGUAUGCAACACAUGCUAACUAAACAAGUAGGAAGUGAAGCUGUUUGGAGAAAGACAGUCGACAACAGAAGGUUUGACCAAGCACUCACUCACUCUUCAGAAUCGAUUCCGACAUUACAUGGUAUGUUAUGAGGGACUUGUACUCUUUUGGUGACGAAAUUCAGUAAGAGUGAACAAGUGGAAGUGAAUGCAAUGCUUGUGUUUCAUGGUAGUAGAUUGAUGAAUGAAUGCGCUGCUACAUAUAACAUGAGAUGAGUCCGAUUCGACUGUUGCAGAAGAGGUAUAUGACUGACUGUGGAUUAUCGUGCGAUUAUUCCCACAAGAAUUGUGUAACUCAGUCUUGUGUGAUUGAAGAAAUUGUUCAACAGCACAGCAGCAGGAGACAGGUGUGGAGAAGGAGGAGGAGGAGUGAAGAAGCUGCGAUUGUAAUUUACGGAGUGGUUCACUUUAUUUGGAGGCUUUAAUGAAGUGCGAUUGAAGAAUUUGCGCGUUAUCGUUGGAAUCUUUGUGAUAUUAUAAAAUUAUUUAUCAAAAUAAAUAUCCCUUUAAUGUUUUAACGGUGUUCUUUAAAGAAUUCACUACUACUUCCCUUUGCUUGUCGAAGGAAUAGUGAUGUAGCCGGUUUUGGAAUGCGUAAUGAUUUGAUCUGAAAGUGAUAAUUUACGCAGCAUAA